CCCUCAAGUCUCAAUCGAUGGUACGUCUAAUUUUAGGACGGGAACGAGCUAUAUAAUCGCCGUGUUUUAAACAAGGAAAUUGUUAAAUCGAUGUGAAACUGAAUAUAACAUACAGGACAUGAGUUAAAAUGGAUUGAAGCGAAAUUUUGUAAAGGAAGUUCGGAAUUGGUCAAGUUAAAGUCGUGUGGGUGCUGGUUUAGAAGCCAGAUGAUGCGGAAUUCGCCGGGUCGGUACCGGGUACGACUCUUCCUUUGUGUCGGAGCAGGAGUUUUGAUAUUGCUGUGCUUAAAGUUAAGGGGAUCAUCGGAUGAGAUUGAAAUACCUGGUUAUGAAAAAUUAGAUUUGAAGAAGUACCCGGAUCUUGGCAUUACUCUCGCGGAGGAAUUACCCGCGGAUGGAUCAGUUCGAAUGGAAAAGAUUAUUCACCAAACGUGGAAAACAACAGAUAUUCCUCAUCAUUAUAUAGAGUGGAUAAAAACAUGGAUAAAGAACCAUCCUGAUUGGAAAUAUAUGUUCUGGACGGACGAAAGUGCACGAAAACUCAUCGCAGACAAAUACUCACAUCUACUUCCGGCGUAUGACAUGUACCCGGAAAACAUCCGCCGCGCAGACGCAUUGCGUUAUGUCGUAUUGUACGAGUAUGGCGGCGUUUAUGUUGACCUAGAUAUGGAAAGUCUCCUGUCGCUUAAUAGCAUUGUUAGGAAAUACUCCUGUAUUCUGCCCCAAGAACCAUAUGAACAUCCAAUCAUUGAUUCGAACUUUGAGCAUCUUGUGAUAAAUGCGUUUAUGGCGUGCAGAGCAGGUCAUCCGCUUAUGAAAAAGUUCCUUGAAACCCUUCCUAAGUUCGCUCAUAUGUGGAAUGUACUUGACAGUACGGGGCCACAUUACGCCACAUUAGUGUAUCAUGACUACAUAGAUAACUCGAAACUAGAUCCUACCGACAACGACGGUGUAUAUCUCGCACCGGCGGAAUAUUUUUUCCCGACAAUCGAUCCAUCAAAAUUUUCAUACAUGAAAGAACGUUGCUAUAAGCAAUUCGAGACCAUGUCGUUUAUACGGAAACGGGCUUGUGUUUCAUUGAAACGGAGAGGUCUACAACGACAGCCGUAUCCUUAUUCUUUCACCAACCAUCACUGGGUACACACGUAUUUUAUCAACAGAAUUAGUAUUCAUGGACCUGUCAGUAUUUUUGAUAUGGCUCCUCAUGUUGAAAUAUAUGGAUAGCAAAAAAAAAAAAAAAAAAAAAAGGACAUGAUUUUAAUUUUAUUGGACCAGUGCGCGUCUACAAAGACAGGCUUUCUUGCGUAGACACGCAUUCAGAUGACAAGCAGAAAGAGCCAAGAUGUCGUGAUGUAUAGAGAUGAGAGUUAGAAGAUUGUCUGAUGAAAAGCGUUUCGUUUCGCUGAAACCAGAUAAGACGCAAAUGCUAUAGACAUGGUUUUUUACAACAGCGCUAAAGAGAAAGAAAGUUCCACAGUUACAUGAAGUAAUAGAAAAACAGAGGCAAACGAAAUCAUGUUGUCGACAACAUGAAACUUUGGUUGUUUAGUGUAUUAUUUCUUCCACUAUAGAUAUUGCUCAUGUAUAUAACUGUGCCAUUACAAAUGUUUAGUUUGUGAUAGCUUUAUCAAUGUUGAAGGUUCGGUUGCGACAAACCGAUUCGUGAACUCGAUCUAGUUUUACAGAUCUCAGUGGUUUGAAAGCUGACCAACACCUGUGUGUGAGGUUUAGGCCAUGUUUUUAGGAGGGACUGGGCAUGUCCGCAAAAAAAACAACAACACGACCUUUCAGGCAUUUUAGCUUUGAUAAAAAAAGAAUGCGGACUUGACAUUUUGUUAAAGAUAUACCUUAUUUUAAUGACAACUUUUUCUUAUUAAUUUCAUAUAAUAUUAUUAUAUUUUUAUAUUUUUUAUAUUUGUUUUUAAAUCGUAAAGGGGAGGUUAUUUGUGUUUUUUAAGUAUUCAGCAGUGUUCCAAGGGAAAUAAUACAAUUGCUAUAUAUGUAAGAGACGUCUCCUUCGACUCUCCCCUGGUCUUUUACACCCCAUCUUGUGUGAUGCGCUUGCUUUAAUAUAAUGUACUUAGGAAAAGAAGCUUUUACUAGUAUUGCAUUCUGCGUAUCCUCUCUUUGCUGUCCAGCAUUGUGACGACUUUCUGUAAAUUCCUUUUAAUAAUUGCAAAUACAAUCUGGACAAACUUUAAAAAAGUUAAACAAAAAAAAAACGAAAUUGAUUUGAAACUAUUACUGGUCUUGCAACAUUCACUUAAUCUAACUAAUAUAUUCCCAACUUUACAGAAAUAUCUUCUGAGUACUUUUGUAUUAUACUGAAGUAAAAUAAAGUAUAAAAAGGAA